AUGCUAGAUUGCCACAAAAGCAAACGGGAAGAAGAAGAUAAAAUGGGAAAACAGGCGUAUAGCCCUAAGGAGGAAGGGAAACAGAAAACUGGGAUUUUGAAGAAAGGUCAAGACCUCAAGGGGAAGGAAAAGGAAUGGCAGAAAGUUACAAGAAAAGGGGGUCCCAAAGUAACCGUGGAGGAGGGUCACCAAGUUCCUAAUAGUUUAUUGUAUCCUAAUGGCUUAAGUGAAGGAGUUAUUGCGGCUAAUAAAUUCAAUGUGCUAAACGGGGAUCACUCGGGCAAGGAUGUAGGAGAGGAGGAAAAUGCUGAAAUGGAGAAUCAUAACGGUACUCCAAUAAUUGAAAAUAGCACCACUGGAGGAUUAGAAGCAAAAGAAAAAGAGGACUUGUCCCUCUCAACGUCUAAUCAUGAAGGAAUUCAAGGAGUAGGAGUGGAAAAUGAAAUGUCUUCAAAUGCAGGAAGUCCAUCACGGAGCUUUGAGGGCAUGAAGGUCUACGAGGUUAUCGGCACUCCCUCUCAAACUCAGGGGACAGGGCCUGAUGAGGUGCAGCAAACGGGGAGCUGGGAAAGAAAGCUUAAGAAGCAGAUUAAAGAAAUUGAUUGUGAUGAACAAGAAGACCAUAGACUUGAUGAUGAGUUAUUUGGGGUCAUUCCUAAGCUUGUUGGACUAGGGGAUAAUGAGAAAUUGACUAUGGCUGCUACCUCCCUAGAAUUGAAACAGGCUUAUGGCGUUAGACCGCAGGCAAUGGAAGGCAUGACGGGUAUGGAUUUAUUGAGGACUUUAAAGGUGGAUAUGAGGCAUAAGCUAAGACCAAAGAUCAUUUGGGUCGACUGGUCCCCUCCUCCUUCUGGUUGUUUAAAGCUAAAUGUGGAUGGGGUAUCGAAAGCUGCCUUUUCUGCUCUUCCUUUUGCAGCUGCUUUUCAUGCGUCUGUUCACCUGAUUACAGCUGGGCUUCCAGCUGGUUUUCAAAUUGAUUUCCAGCUGGAUUUUCAGCUGCUGUUCAGCUGCUCCGCUGGACUUCCAGCUGGUUUUAAUGUUUCUCCAGCUGGAUUUUCAGCCGUUUUUCAUGCUUUUGCGCCAUUCAGCUGA